GGAGAUUAGGUCCCAGGCAGGCAGUCCGCGAGCUCCAGCAGCCGGCCGCCGCCACCGCCACCAGCAGCAGCUACCGCGAGCAGCGCCGCGGCGGAACCGGGCGCAGGGGAGCGAGCCCGGCCCCGCCAGCCCAGCCCAGUCCGGCCCGACUCCCUCCCCACGCCGGGGCAGGAGCAGCAGCCGCCACCGCCGCCCCGAGAGAAGGUGGAGGAAGAAAUCCAGCUUGUAGCACGCGCGCACCAUCAUGGACCAUUAUGAUUCCCAGCAAACCAACGACUACAUGCAGCCCGAAGAGGACUGGGAUCGAGACCUGCUCCUGGACCCGGCCUGGGAGAAGCAGCAGAGAAAGACGUUCACGGCAUGGUGCAACUCCCACCUUCGCAAGGCGGGGACGCAGAUCGAGAACAUCGAGGAGGACUUCCGGGAUGGACUAAAGCUCAUGCUGCUGCUGGAGGUCAUCUCAGGGGAGCGCUUGGCCAAGCCGGAGAGAGGCAAAAUGAGAGUGCACAAGAUCUCCAACGUCAACAAGGCCCUGGAUUUCAUCGCCAGCAAGGGAGUCAAGCUCGUGUCCAUUGGAGCCGAAGAAAUCGUGGAUGGGAACGUGAAAAUGACCCUGGGCAUGAUCUGGACCAUCAUCCUCCGCUUCGCCAUCCAGGACAUCUCUGUGGAAGAGACUUCCGCGAAGGAGGGGCUGCUCUUGUGGUGUCAGAGAAAGACGGCCCCUUACAAAAACGUCAACAUCCAGAACUUCCACAUAAGCUGGAAGGACGGCCUCGGCUUCUGUGCCUUGAUCCACCGACACCGGCCUGAGCUGAUUGACUAUGGGAAGCUGCGGAAGGAUGACCCGCUCACAAAUCUGAACACAGCCUUUGAUGUGGCAGAGAAGUACCUAGACAUCCCCAAGAUGCUGGAUGCUGAAGACAUCGUCGGAACCGCCCGACCGGAUGAGAAAGCCAUCAUGACUUACGUGUCCAGCUUCUACCAUGCCUUCUCCGGAGCCCAGAAGGCGGAGACAGCAGCCAAUCGCAUCUGCAAGGUGUUGGCCGUCAACCAGGAGAACGAGCAGCUUAUGGAAGACUAUGAGAAGCUGGCCAGUGAUCUGCUGGAGUGGAUCCGCCGCACCAUCCCGUGGCUGGAGAACCGGGCGCCGGAGAACACCAUGCACGCCAUGCAGCAGAAGCUGGAGGACUUCCGGGACUACCGGCGUCUGCACAAGCCACCCAAGGUGCAGGAGAAGUGCCAGCUGGAGAUCAACUUCAACACACUGCAGACCAAGCUGCGCCUCAGCAACCGGCCCGCCUUCAUGCCCUCCGAGGGCAGGAUGGUCUCGGACAUCAACAAUGCCUGGGGCUGCCUAGAGCAGGCAGAGAAGGGCUAUGAGGAGUGGCUGCUGAACGAGAUCCGGAGGCUGGAGCGGCUCGACCACCUGGCAGAGAAAUUCCGGCAGAAAGCCUCCAUUCACGAGGCCUGGACGGACGGCAAAGAGGCUAUGCUACGGCAGAAGGAUUACGAGACCGCCACUCUCUCGGAGAUCAAGGCCCUGCUCAAGAAGCAUGAGGCCUUUGAGAGUGACCUCGCCGCCCACCAGGACCGCGUGGAGCAAAUUGCCGCCAUCGCACAGGAACUCAAUGAGCUGGACUAUUACGACUCACCCAGUGUCAACGCCCGGUGCCAAAAGAUCUGUGACCAGUGGGACAAUCUGGGAGCCCUAACCCAGAAGCGGAGGGAAGCUUUGGAGCGGACAGAGAAACUGCUGGAGACCAUUGACCAGCUGUACCUGGAGUAUGCCAAGCGGGCUGCACCCUUCAACAACUGGAUGGAGGGGGCCAUGGAGGAUCUGCAGGACACCUUCAUCGUGCACACCAUCGAGGAGAUCCAGGGACUGACCACAGCCCAUGAGCAGUUCAAGGCCACCCUCCCUGAUGCCGACAAGGAACGCCUGGCCAUCCUGGGUAUCCACAACGAGGUGUCCAAGAUUGUCCAGACCUACCACGUCAACAUGGCGGGCACCAACCCCUACACAACCAUCACUCCUCAGGAGAUCAAUAGCAAGUGGGACCACGUGCGGCAGUUGGUGCCACGGAGGGACCAGGCCCUGACGGAGGAGCAUGCCCGCCAGCAGCACAAUGAGAGGCUACGCAAGCAGUUCGCAGCCCAGGCCAAUGUCAUCGGGCCCUGGAUUCAGACCAAGAUGGAGGAGAUUGGGCGGAUCUCCAUUGAGAUGCACGGGACCCUGGAGGACCAGCUCAGCCACCUGCGGCAGUAUGAGAAGAGCAUCGUCAACUACAAGCCCAAGAUCGACCAGCUGGAGGGCGACCACCAGCUCAUCCAGGAGGCUCUCAUCUUCGACAACAAGCACACUAACUACACCAUGGAGCACAUCCGUGUGGGCUGGGAGCAGCUCCUCACCACCAUCGCCAGGACCAUCAAUGAGGUGGAGAAUCAGAUCCUGACCCGAGAUGCCAAAGGCAUCAGCCAGGAGCAGAUGAACGAGUUCCGAGCUUCCUUCAACCACUUUGACCGGGAUCACUCCGGCACGCUGGGUCCCGAGGAGUUCAAAGCCUGCCUCAUCAGCUUGGGUUAUGAUAUUGGCAACGACCCCCAGAAGAAGACAGGCAUGAUGGACACGGAUGAUUUCCGCGCCUGCCUUAUCUCCAUGGGUUACAACAUGGGAGAGGCAGAAUUUGCCCGCAUCAUGAGCAUUGUGGACCCCAACCGCCUGGGGGUAGUGACGUUCCAGGCCUUCAUCGACUUUAUGUCUCGGGAGACGGCCGACACGGACACAGCAGACCAAGUCAUGGCCUCCUUCAAGAUCCUGGCUGGGGACAAGAACUACAUCACGGUGGACGAGCUGCGCCGAGAGCUGCCGCCGGAUCAGGCGGAGUACUGCAUCGCCCGGAUGGCCCCCUACACCGGCCCCGACGCCGUGCCCGGUGCUCUGGACUACAUGUCCUUCUCCACGGCGCUGUACGGCGAGAGCGACCUCUAACCCGCCGGCCCCGGCCAGCGCCCUCGCCCUGCCCGCUGUGCGCCCCCGCCCUGCGCCCCCGCUGCUCCCCCCCCUCCCCCCCCCGCCACCCCAGCCCGGGUUUGGUCUCCUCCCGCAGCCUCGAACCCUCGAACUGGGCGAGCCGGGACCCACGUGGCGUCGAGCCGCCCUGCCCGCAAAGUGACAGUUUACAAAAUUAUUUUCUGCAAAAAAAAGAAAAAAAAAAGUUACAUUAAAAAAAGUAAAAACAAAAAACAAAAAAAAAA